AUGGGGUCCAGGUUGGACCGCCUCAUCCUCCUCCUCGACACGGGCUCGACCCCGUCCGUCCGCCUCACCGCCGCCCGCCAGCUCGGCGCCAUCGCCGCGACCCGCGUCUCGCACCCGUCCACGGCCAACCACGGCCAUGCGAGCGUCUCGGUCGACGUCAAGCUCGAAGAGGGCGCAGCUGCCGGCAACAAGGAGGGCAUCUGGCGCGGCGUAGACGGCGAGUGGGACGAGGUGGCCGGACUCGUCGCGAGGGUACUGCCUUACCUCCAGUCCCGCUCGAUGGAAACUCGGCAAGCCGCGGCGGCCGCCCUCGGCUUCAUCUCGCGCGGCGUCGGCAUCUGGGACCCGUCGUCGACCGCCCCCUCUUCCGCCCUCGUCAAGGCCGAGUCGUCCCUCCCCUCCAUGACGACAGACGACACCCUCUCGUCGGCCAUGUCCCUUCGCGACCUCGACCUCGCCCGUGUCCUGUCCGAGGGCGCCCUCCUUCUCGGCAGCUCCGGCAAGGAGUACGGCAAGCUGUCCGCCCUGUCGGCCGAGGAGCUCGCGCGAGCGCAAAAGGACGCGCUCAAGAACCUCGGGCUCGGCUUUGGCGGCGGCGACGACGACAUUGGCGUCGACGUCGGCGCAGAGCUCGCCGCCGGCGCCGCAGAUGCGCCCGCCACCGCGACCGAGCCCGCCAAGCCCAAGCUGCCGCCGCCGCGCUUCAAGCCUGGCGGGGGCGACGUCGUCUCGCCCGCUGCCCCGUCGGGCACGGCGUCGCUCGCGUCGUCGGCCGCACCCUCCCCUGCUCCCGUCGCCUCCACCUCUGCCGCACCCUCGCCCGCCGCAGCCGCGACCGAGGACGACGAGUUCGCCGGCCUGUCGGCGCGCGAGCGCAACAAGCUCAAGCGCAAGCGCAAGGCCGAGGGCAAAGCCGGCGUCGCGCCGAGCGCUGCGCCGACCCCGGCCGCCAAGAAGGCUCGCACGGCCGCGCCUCCUCCCGCCGCCGCCGCCGCCGCUUCCUCUUCCUCCUCCUCGGGCGCUCCUGUCAUCAAGACCGACCCGGACGCGCCCGCUGUCGACCAGGACGCCAAGGUCGUCGUCGACCCGGCCGCCAAAGCGGCCGAGCGCGCUCGUCUCGGCGGCGAGAUCCAGGCCAAGGAGGCGGCCGAGCGGGCCGAGUUCGCCGUCAAGGUCGGCGAGUGGCCCUGGCGUGCGUGCGUCGAGCGGCUCGCGGUCGGGCUCCUCGCGCCGGCGUGGGAGACGCGGCACGGCGCGGCGCUCGGGCUGAGGGAGGUCUUGCGGCUACAGGGAGGAGGAGGGGGCAAGCUCGAGGGUCUCGCGCGCGUGGAGAACGAGGAGCGGCACAGGAGGUGGUGCGAGGACCUGGCGGUCAAGCUCCUGUGCGUGUUUGCGCUCGACCGCUUCGGCGACUACAUCUCGGACCAGGUCAUUGCGCCCGUGCGCGAGACUGCUGCUCAAGCGCUCGCCGUCCUCCUGCCCUACAUGCCCGCCAGCUCGGUCAACGAGGUGGAGCGCGUUCUCGUCGCCAUGGUCCACCAGCACGGCUCGGUCCGCUCGAGCGAGGGCGAUGGCGUACCAGCCGGCCGCAAGUACGCCUGGCAGGUCCGCCACUCGGGCCUGCUCGGCCUCAAGUACUUUGUCGCCGUCCAGGGCGACCUCGUCCGGGGCGUCGAGCCCGUCAAGCCCGAGUCGCCGUCGGUCAAGAUGGAGGACGACGUCAAGCCGGUCGUCUUCUCGUCGUCGGGUCUCCUCAAGUCGAUCGUCAACGCCGCACUCGUCGGUUUGCGCGACCGCGACGACGACGUGCGCUCGGCGGGUGCGGCGACGCUCGUCCCUCUCGCUGACGCGCUCGUCGAGCAGCUCCCGAGCGAGAUGAAGGAGCUCGUCGACGUCCUGUGGGCGUGCCUGGGCGACCUCAAGGACGACCUCGCGAGCUCGGUCGGCGGCGUCAUGGACCUGCUCGCCAAGCUCUUGAGCUUUCCCGCCGUCCUCGACCUGCUCCAGUCGCCGUCGAUGGAGACGCCCCUUCCUCAGCUCAUCCCUCGCCUAUUCCCCUUCUUCCGCCACACCAUCACCUCCGUCCGCCUCGCCGUGCUCAACACCAUCCUCGUCUUCCUCGAGCUCCCCUCGAUCGAUCCCUCGUGGGUCGACGAGCGCCUCCUGCGCCUCCUGUUCCAGAACCUCAUUCUCGAGGAGCGACCCGAGAUCCGCAUGGCAUCCGAGACGGCCUGGGUCGCGUGCCUCGCGCACGCCCGGCGCGUGCCCAACGGCCUGCCGCAGCUCGUCGCGCACGUUCAGCCGCACCUCGCCGCCUGGUUCGCCCUCCUGCACUCGCCCAUCGGCACGCCGAUCAGCUCGAGCCUGCUCUGGUCGCCCGUCAAGAGCCUGAGCGGGCAGGGCGGCGUCACGUACAACGUCGACAAGCCGAUGAUCAACCAGGACCUCGCGCUCGUCUCGGUCGAGGCCAUCACGCGCGGCAAGGCGUCGGGUGCGCAGGCGCUCGGCCAGCUCCUCGCGACAUGGCCAGUCGAGUCGCACGACGCGGCGUUCGCGCCGUACGUCGAGGGCGAACUCGCGUCCCAGUCGGCCCUCCAGCGCUUCCUCGCGGCCAUCGUCGUCGAGGAGUGGGCCCACGCGACCCGCUCGGUCAAGGUCGAGUCGCCGAUCGCGCAAAGCUCGUCUCUCGCGACGCGCAUCGCCAUACAGCUCCACGCCCUGUUGGCCGCCGAGGCGCCGGCGUCGUACGCCGAGAUGGACCCGGUCCUCGCCCGUCUGCGCGCCGACUCGACCGCGUUUUACGCCGCGUUCGGCACGCAGGGCAAGGUGCCCGCCGACAAGGUCCCGUCGGUCCCCGACGCGUUCGGGCUCGCCCAGGCGCAGCUCGUCGCCGGCAGCUUCAGCGCGCUCGUGCCGCUCAUGCAGGCCAAGUCGAAGAAGGCGGUCCUGCCCGGCCUCGAGGAGCGUCAGCGCAAGGUCCUCGGCGGCAUCGCCUACUUCGAGCGCGUCAAGGCCAAGCACGACCGCCAGGUCUUUGCCGCGCUCGGCGGCGCCGUCAUCGCGCUCCAGAGCAUCCCGGCCAAGAUCACGCCGCUCAUCCGCAGCGUAACCAACAGCAUCAAGACGGAGGACAACCUCGACCUGCAAGCUCGCUCGGCACGCGCCAUCGCCGCCCUCAUCGACCUGUGCUCGUCGCCGACGUCCGCGUUGCGCGUCAACCCGUCCGACAAGCUCAUCAAGAACCUGUGCGCGUUCCUGUGUCAAGACGUGUCGCGCACGCCCAUCUUUGCGGCGACCAAGACGAGCUCGGCCGGCAUCCUCACGCUCCAGUACAACCCGGCGAGGGGCACCGUCGACAAGCCGGCCAAGGACAAGGCGGUCGAGGUCGAGUCGGACGAGGUCAAGGCAGCCAAGCUCGUCUACCGCGGUGCGCAGCUCGCCCUGUCCGAGUUGGCCGAGCGCUUCGGCCCGCUCUUGCUCGAGCGCGUCCCCAAGCUGUGGAGCUGCAUGGCCGACGCGCUCCUCGAGGUCUUUUCGUCGGGCGACAUCAAGCAGGCCGACGCCAUUCUCGCCGACGACGACCAAAAGGGCCAAGACGUCGUCGACGCCCUCACGGUCCUGCCCGUCGCCGCCGCCAAGCUCACGCCGGCGCUUCAUGAGCGGCUCGCGUCGCUGUUCCCGCCGCUCUCGGUCGCCACCCGCAGCGAGUUUGCCGUCGUUCGCUAUGCCGUCGCCAAGUCGUUCGCGACGCUGUGCGACAUCAGCCCGGUCGAGGGUCUGCGCCACGUCGUUGAGAGCGUCAUCCCGGUACUCGGCGACCCGCUCAACGUCAACAACCGCCGAGGCGCCAUCGAGCUCAUCUCGCACCUCGUCGAGCUGCUCGACAUCAAGAUCCUGCCCUACGUCAUCUUCCUCGUCGUGCCCGUCCUCGGCCGCAUGAGCGACCCGGACGACGAGGUGCGGCUCGUCGCGACCAACACGUUCGCCUCGCUCGUCAAGCUCGUCCCUCUCGAGGCCGGCCUCCCCGACCCUCCCGGCUUCUCGGACGAGCUGCUCGCCAAGCGCGAGACCGAGCGCGAGUUCCUCAUGCAGCUCCUCGACGGCAGCAAAGUCGUCGAGUACAAGGUCCCUGUCGACAUGGGCAUCGAGCUGCGCAAGUACCAGCGUGACGGCGUCAGCUGGCUCGCUUUCCUCGCUCGAUACCAGCUGCACGGUCUGCUUUGCGACGACAUGGGCCUCGGCAAGACGUUGCAGUCGAUCACGAUCCUCGCGAGCAUGCACCACGAGCGCGCCGAGCGGCACAAGGCGACCAACUCGCCCGACUCGGUCCACCUCCCGUCCCUCAUCGUCUGCCCACCGACGCUCACCGGGCACUGGAAGCACGAGAUCAACACGUACGCGCCGGCGCUGCGCUGCGUCAUCUACACCGGCCCUCGCGCCGACCGCGACCGCCUCCUGCGCAACCUGCGCAAGUACGACGCCGUCAUCCUGUCGUACGACGUCGCGCGCAACGACGUCGACGUCCUGUCGCCGGUCGACUGGCACUACUGCAUCCUCGACGAGGGCCACGUCAUCAAGAACGGCAAGACCAAGCUCACGCAGGCCGUCAAGUCGCUCAAGGCGAUCCACCGCCUCAUCCUGUCGGGCACGCCGAUCCAGAACAACGUGCUCGAGCUGUGGUCGCUGUUCGACUUCCUCAUGCCGGGCUUCCUCGGCUCGGAGAAGGCCUUCAACGACCGGUUCGGCAAGCCCAUCGCCGCGAGCCGCGACGCCAAAAGCUCGUCCAAGGAGCAAGAGGCCGGCGCGCUCGCGCUCGAGGCCCUGCACAAGCAGGUGCUGCCGUUCAUCCUCCGUCGCCUCAAGGAGGACGUCCUCGACGACCUGCCGCCCAAGAUCAUCCAGGACUACCACGUCGAGCUGUCGCCGCUCCAGAAGCAGCUGUACGACGACUUUUCCGGGUCGCAGGCCAAACAGGUCGCCGAGGGCGAGGUCAAGGGCUCGUCGACGUCGAGCGACAAGCCGCAGCACGUCUUCCAAGCGCUCCAGUACCUGCGCAAGCUCGUCAACCACCCGGCGCUCGUCUUCAAGCCCGAGGUCCCUCAGCACCAGGCCGCCCUCGCCAAGGUCUCGGGCGAUGGGACGUCGGUCCGCGACAUCGUGCACGCACCCAAGAUCAAGGCGCUACAACAGAUCCUCGUCGACUGCGGCAUCGGCGCGAGCAACCCUGCGGCCGACUCGGCGCCCGACGGCGCCGUUCCUCAGCACCGCGCCCUCAUCUUCUGCCAGCUCAAGGGCAUGCUCGACAUUGUCGAGAACGACCUCCUGCGCGCCCUCAUGCCGUCCGUCACCUACAUGCGCCUCGACGGCACCACCGACGUCUCGAAGCGGCACGCCAUCUGCCAGACGUUCAACAGCGACCCGUCGAUCGACUGUCUCCUCCUCACGACGCACGUCGGCGGGCUCGGGCUCAACCUCACGGGCGCCGACACGGUCAUCUUCGUCGAGCACGACUGGAACCCGAUGAAGGACCUGCAGGCCAUGGACCGAGCGCAUCGUCUCGGGCAGAAGAAGGUCGUCAACGUCUACCGCUUGAUCAUGCGCGGCACGCUCGAGGAGAAGAUCAUGGGACUGCAGCGCUUCAAGCUCAACAUCGCGUCGACCAUCGUCUCGCAGCAAAACUCGGACCUGUCGUCGCUCGGCACCGACCAGAUCCUCGACCUCUUCCAGGUCUCGGACACGCCGGCUCCCGCCGCAGGAGCCUCGACCGGCGCCGACGGCGACAAGCCCAUGUCGCAAAAGGCCAUCCUCGAGUCGCUCGACGCAGGGCAAGACGACGACGACUACCAGCUCGACCUCGCCUCGUUCCUCUCGGCGGCCUGAACGCCCUGCCGCGACUCGUACAUUCCCUCUGCAUACCCCCACCGUCCUGUCCUGUCGACGCCCUGUUGCUAUACCACCUCGCCUUCCUCGU